AUGUCAAAGAAACGACCACAUGCCACGGACCGAUCUCGAAAUCGACAACCAGAAAGCAUUCAAGCACGCUCCUCAGCACCGACGACUGGCAACAACGCUCCCUCAUCAUCUAUGCAAGAAACAGCUCCCAGCAUUGACACAACUGAUAGGGAAUCUCACCAUCAGAGCAUUGAUGAGAAUGUCUCUAUCUCCUCAUCUUCCAACAACAUUUCCAAUGAGGCCGCAAACAUGACGACCUUGAUCACAAGUAUUGCUAAUUUGGAUUAUGUGUCAAGUUCUUCCAUUAGAGACUAUUUACUCUCUUUAGAGAAAGCGUUCGAUGAAUUCUACCUACUUCACAAAAGUGGGUGGAUUAGUGCGCUCAAUGUUGAUCAGUUGAUCACAGAUCUAAAGAAAAUAUCCGCUACUUUCAACAACACGAUUGAGACAUGUACAACGAGCUUUCAGUUUGGCCUUUUCGUUGUUGUUUAUGGACACUUAUCGGUUGCUAUCAAAUACUACAACCAAUAUCUUCACAACAGCGACAUUCAUACUACUCUAGCUCUGACAACAUCCAAAUUACGACCUUUUGUUUUGGAAUCCAGUCAAGAGUCCCUAGCCUUGCUGACCAGGCCAGACAUUAAGUACUAUCUUUAUCACACCAACAAUGGAUUCGAAUCGGCACUAACCAAGUUAUUUUGGAAUCCAACCAACAAUCAUCUCUUUAAGAAAGAGGAUGAAAUAGAGAUGGCUUGGAAAGUGAAUAUCCUAUUCAACAAACCAUUUACUACGAGCUCUUUUGUUCAAAAACUGAACAAAGCAUCUUAUCUAUAUCUUCAUUUCUUGUUCAAUAUUGCUUGGAAGUAUGAUAACAACUUUUGUAAUUAUUUUGAGUAUUAUAUGAACCAAGCUACCCCAUCCAUUCAACAGUUACUCAAAGCAGUUCAGAUGGGUGUUGACUAUACUUGUGAGAACAUUAUGUUUAAAAAGAGGUCUAACGGAUGUUACAUGGUCAAAUUAAUCAAUAACUUGUCGAAUGAGGAGUUUACCUCUGAAAGAAUGACCACUCUUGUAGAAUAUUUGUUGAAGAUGGAAAGCAAAGGUGCAGGAACAGGAUCACAAUGUAUUCAAGCUCUGUUAGAUAAGAUGAUAUUAGUUGCAGAAUCCAGUAGAGAUUUCUCAACAUUUCAUGCUGUAGCAAUCAGUGAGUACAUUGGAGAUUUGUUAAAGAAUAGAUUACAAUCAAGAAGAACCAUUUCUCAAGAAAUAGCUGAUCAAAUAUUACAACAGAACUAUUGUGAUGAGCAAUUUGCUACAUUGAUAGCUAAAAAAGCAUACUCGUCCUCCACCUCUCUCCAUGCGUUGUUUAGACUGUGCAAGGAAAAGCCUUUUCUUCAAUUGUACACGAUGGAAAAGUUAAAGGAGUCCAUGAGCAACAAUAGUUAUUCUUUCAUAUACCCAUUCAGUAGUAGUCCAGUUAUAGGCACUCAAAUUAGACUCAUCUCUGAUAUUAUCAAGUACAAUGCACACGAUUUGCUAUUGAAAGAUGAGGUUAAAGAGUAUGUAGAGAAGUGGUUGAAUGAUACACGUCCUUUCAGUACGGACAAUGUUUACGAGUUCCUGAGACAAAGUUUCUUAUUGAGCAGUGAUUAUAGUCAAGUUGGCAUUAUUUUAAAGCCCAACACAUUCCUUGACCUCGUUUUGAGGAAGUGUUUGAGAAGGUUCUUCAAAUGUAACAGUACUCGUUUUACUAAUACUUGGAUGAGAAAAGGAUUAGAAAAUUUUGUCAAAUACUCCAACAUUAAUUGCUACACUUCCAUCAUCUUUGUUAUUUGUGAGGAAUUUAUUUCUGAGUUCGAUAUUUAUAAUCCAAAAGAUCUCACUUGUCUGUUAAUGAUUGAAAGUGAUAAGGUGCUUCAAUUGAUAGCAUCAAAACGGCAUUUGUAUGAGGAAGAAGUGUACAAAUUUGUAAAUGAUGCCUUUUCUUUAAAACACGUUUCUAAUAACCUACUCAAGGAUGAAGAAAUGUGUAAACAAUAUUUUAUAUUAAUGGAGUACUUUAUUGGUCCACAGUUUAAAAGAGAUGACUUGACAUUAUACGUCGAACAAUUCAAUUCUUUGAAAAACAGCACGAAGGUUCUAACUCAAGACUUGAAUUCCUUGUCCUCACUUUCGAUCAAUGUGAAGGAUUAUAUUCGGACUAUUAACAAGUUAGACUUGUAUUUUGAUGUUUUGCCUAAAAGAGAAAUUCAGUCUGACAUUCAUUCUAUACAAACCGUUAUUGAUGAAUUUAAGAAAAGUUUUGAGACAACAAUAUGCAAAAAAGACACAGGAAAUGAAAUUCCUAUUCUGGAAACUAUCGUUCAGUCAGGUCUCUUUUUCAGUUACUAUAAAUCAGAGGAAGAGAAAAGUUUGACUGUUAAUCAAGCCGUUUCUAAUGCAACUGAUGCAAUUCGUGAAAUUACCAAUGUUAUUAACAAGCUCUAUUCAGGAAAUGCCAAAUUAGAGAGCAUCAAAAAUUUACACACAAACUUGUCUAAACUCUAUUUACAGACAGAGAAAAAGUUUUUAACUUUGAUCGGAUGCCCUGUAGAAUCUGUUGACAUGUUAUUGGCAGGAAUUGAACUGCUUCAACUUCGACAAUACAUGAAAGCGUUUAAAGAUUUAGUCACCAUUUAUAAAUUACCAUUUGAAGGAGAAACAUUUACCAUACUCACCAAGCAAGAUAGAUUUAGUGUCAAGGACAGCAUGAAAGAAUUAAGAAAAAUAAGAGAAAUUAUUGGAGACAUUGAUGAAACCACUCUUAAAACAUUCCAAUACUACACUGAACAUGUUACUCUUGUAGAAUUCAUCAAGAAAGAAAAUCUUGGAGAAGAGGAUAUUAGAAUUUUAACCAAUCAAGCCAACGGAAAUACUUUUACAGAAGAGAUUAUCCAACACUUAAUUUCCACGAAAAAGUUAACAGAUCCACUGUUGAAAGCUAUGGACGAGAAAAUCACUAGCAUUGAGGAGUUUUUCAAAUCGAUUUCAGAAUUGAACGUUAAUCAACGUCAAUUAGAUUCAUUCAAAGAAUGCGCUAAUAAUUUGGAAAAAGUGAGUGAUGCAUUGAAGUCAUUGCAUAAUACGAGCGAAAAUCUUCAAUUCAUUGUUGCCAGAAUACUACAACAAGGAACUCUUGCCUAUCACUUAGAUUCACAAACAGUUACUGUUCACUUGAAAGAUGAUAACACUUCUAUUAAUGAGAAAGAGUUUAGGUCGUAUAUACUUAGUUCAACAUUUCAAAGAUCAUUUUCAGAGGAAAUGGAAGUGUUUUGUAAUUCUUCCAUGCUAUUGGAGUCUAUUAUUAAGGUGGUAUCUUUACUACACAAAAUUUCUCAUGUUUGUUUCCAGCAUGGUUAUUUGAACAUUCCUCUCAACAUUCUUUUGAACUCAAGAGCAUUGGAACACAUUUUAGAGACAUUAAAGAGCAUGGCAAGACAAUGGCAUGAAAAAGUUAAGGCUACUGAUCUGAAAUACUUUACCAUGAAACAAAGACUCAUUAUUUUGCAACAUUUACGAAGUAUUGGAGAAACUCAAGAACUACUUGUACAUAUCGUCAAUUCAUAUUUUGAUAUUGAUCAAAGUACAUUGACCUCAAUUAUAGAACGUACUCAACAAUCUUUAUGUUCUGUCACGGAUCAAUUUGACAUUUCUGAUGAAUCUAUUUGGAACCAAUUCGACAGUAUUGGAUCUAUCAUUUUGGAGAUGGAAGAUGUAAUGUUGAGAGGUUUAAGUGAGUUUACCAAGAUAAUCGAAAAGGAAUCAAUUCCGAUGGUUUAUGAGUUUAAUUCUGCUCUACUUUCGGAUCUUGUCUCCAAUUCGUUUAUAGACAUUUCUUCACUUUCAGAAUUAGAUCAAUACUACCAUCUGUCACAAUUGAUGGAAAACAAGACUCAUCCUUCAAAUAUUUUAUUUUGUGAUGGAUCAUUAACUGAGAUUGAUGUAGAUAUUUUUCUCAUGCGUUCCGUAUUUGCAGAGAGUGGACGAUUUAUCAUUUUUAGAUUUGAACAAUUAAGCGCCGCAAUGAGAAAUCAUGUACUUUCCUUAUUAAUGAGAACAACUAAUUCCACAAAAAGACAACUUUUGUGUCUAAUCACGGAUAGGAAUUCCAUUUCUUCCAUGCCAUUGUUUUGUAAGCAAGUAGAACAAUGGAAUAUGAGCCAGGCAACCUGUCGUUUAAUUAGACAAUCACUUAAGGUGAAUAAGUUUUUUGCAUUGUCCUCUGUUAACUGUGGAGAUGGUAAAACUGUACAUGCACGUCAAUACUUGCAUCAAAAGGAAACCAAUGAAAGGUAUCUCACAUGUGAAAUUCCCAUUAACAAUUCCUCCA